GACGCCGCGGUUACCAAGGAGAGGGGUUUUGUGUGUAUUCCGGGAGCCUGAGCUGGGGUGAAACCGGGCGCCUGCGAUUUGAAACAGGGAUCCAUUGAAAUGGUUUCCUGAGAAGUGAGGAUCGCCCGCGGUCUCUGCCGAUAUUCCCGGUUUCCGCGGGGCCGUCGCCUCAUACUUUGGUUCAUAGUGAAGGAGAUGAACAGGUCAUGGGACAUGGCGCAGAGGUCAACUUUGUCCAGGAGUUCAUCUCUUGGACCACCAGGAAGAUUGGAAGAACUUGUUCCAGAGGAUUCACUUAUUGUGGAGCCUUUGCAAGUAAUGGCACGGAAUGGAAUUUUUCUGGAGAAUCGAUCAACAUUUACAAUGAAGACAAGCCAUUGCAAAGCUCACAUUUCGGACACCUUUACAAAACAGCCCUGCUAUAUGCAGGAAAUGACAGAAUACACUCCAUCAUCAAAUAGUGGACUGAAGAAAUUAGCAAAACCGGAGUCAAAAGGAUCUACUGAGAAACAGCAUAAUAUGGAUAAACAGAUUGCAUCACCAAAUAAUGAACUGAAGAGGUUUACCAAACCGGAGUCAAAAAAGUCUUCUGAGAAACAGCAGAAAGUGGAUGUUAAGGAACAGUAUAUUGUAUCCAAAAUGAGUGAACAGCCUACAUCAUCAAAUAGUGAACAGAAGAAGUUAAUCAAACCAGAAUCAAAAAGGUCUUCUGAGAAACAACAGAGCAUGAAUGUUAAGAAACAACAUGUUAUAUCCAAGAUGAGGGAACAGUCUGCAUCACCAAAUGGUGAACUAAAAAAGUUAGUAAACCCUGAGUCUAAAAGGUCUUCUGAGAAACAACAGAACAUGAAUGUUAAGAAACAGCAUGUUGAAUCCACGAUUAUUGAGCACACUGCACCAUCAAGUAGUCAAAUGGAGAAAUUAACAAAUCUGGAAUCAAAACAAUCUCCCAAAAAACAACAGAACAUGGAUAUAAAGAAGCGGCAUGUUGAAUUCAACCUGGCUGGUGCAAAGCAAAAUCUAAAUUCUUCUGAUGCUAAAGGGGCAAAAGUAUUGGCAAAUUCUGCAACCACUAUUGAACCAUACAAUUUAGCGACUACCAGUACAAAAAAUAGAAUUUCGGAAGAUUCUGGUGAAGACAGUGAUAUAAACCAAGAUGAAGAGGAUGAUGAUAGUGAUGUUGAUAAUGAAGGCACCAGAAAUGAAGAACGAAAGGCACCGCUAGAGUUGAUGGGGGAGUUCUUGAAGGCAAUAAUGGAUCGAGAUUACAAGUUGUCAAGUAAGCUUUGUCAAAUGAUUCUCAUUUAUGAACCUGAAAAUCCAGAGGCCCAACAAUUCAAAAUACUUCUAGACAUGAAAAUACAGUUAGAUGAAGCUGCAUCAAUUCAUCAAAAUGAAGAAGAUGACACUGAGAGUGACAGUAGUGAUGAAGAUAAGGAAAGCAGUAAUGAAGACAGUGAUGAAAGUGAAAGCUCAGACGAGGAGUCUAAUGACUCAUCUGGAAGUGAAGAAAGUACAUAAUUUUGGUUUUGAUAAAAAGUAUGUCUCUUUAAAAACAGCAAGUUUUACCACCAUUUUCUUUUAAAAAUAGCAAAUUUUGCCACUAUUUCCUUUUUCUCAGCAACAGCUACAGAGUUAAAAUUAACUCUUAAAAAAUUAGAAACAUCAUUAGAUUAUUACAGAAUAUAGAAGGAACCCUAAAAAACAAAGAUUUAUUUCAUUUCAACUUAUUUAGCCCUUCAGCUUUGUUAAAUAUCCAAGAUCUCUCUUACCUCUGCAUU